CUCUCAACUAACACAUAAUAUUAUUUACACACACAAAAAAUCACUACAUUAUCACCAACCCACCUCUCAACUUGUAUACCAUGGUGCAGAAUUAAUCAUAUUCCCUUUUGCUCACCAACCAGCCUCAUUGCCCUUUAGCUUCUCAUAAAAAGAUUUAAUCUUUUUUCUUUCUAUACUUAACCCAACAACAAAAAACAUAAUCUUUGUUUGUACAUUGAUUAUGGAACGUGCAAGAAAGUUGGCUAACAGGGCAAUCUUGAAGCGGUUGGUUAACGAAUCAAAGCCACAUAACCACCACAGCCGGUUCGAGUCAUCAACUGUAUUGAACUCAGCUUCUCCUGUGUUGUACACUCCUUCAAGGUAUGUCUCAUCCUUGUCUUCGUUUGCUUCGAGGAGUUCUAGAUCAGGGUUCUUGUCCGGAGGUGGCAAAAAUGUGGUUUAUGGUAUUGGGUCACAGGUUAGAUCCAUUUCUGUUGAGUCUUUGAAACCGAGUGACACUUUUCCUAGGCGCCAUAACUCAGCUACACCAGAAGACCAGAGUAAAAUGGCUGAGUUAUGUGGCUUUGAUAGUCUUAACUCGUUAAUUGAUGCCACUGUGCCUAAAUCUAUUAGAAUUGACUCAAUGAAGUUCUCAAAAUUUGAUGGUGGUUUGACUGAGAAUCAAAUGAUGGAACAUAUGCAAGAUUUAGCAUCAAAGAAUAAGGUUUUUAAGUCAUUUAUUGGUAUGGGGUAUUAUAAUACUCAUGUUCCACCUGUUAUUCUGAGGAAUAUUUUGGAGAAUCCUGCUUGGUAUACUCAGUAUACUCCUUACCAAGCUGAGAUAUCUCAGGGGAGAUUGGAGUCUUUGCUUAAUUAUCAAACUUUGAUUACUGAUCUUACUGGAUUGCCUAUGUCGAAUGCUUCGUUGCUCGAUGAAGGAACCGCUGCUGCUGAGGCAAUGGCUAUGUGUAAUAAUAUACUAAAAGGAAAGAAGAAAACUUUUGUUAUUGCUAACAAUUGUCACCCCCAAACUAUCGAUAUUUGUAAGACUAGAGCUGAGGGUUUUGAGAUUAAGGUGGUUACUGCGGAUCUUAAGGAUAUUGAUUACAAAAGUGGAGAUGUUUGUGGUGUUUUAGUUCAGUAUCCAGGGACUGAGGGUGAAGUUUUAGAUUAUGAGGAUUUCAUUAAGAAUGCUCAUGCUCAUGGUGUUAAGGUUGUUAUGGCAUCGGAUUUGUUGGCGUUGACAAUGUUGAAGCCUCCUGGUGAAUUAGGAGCAGAUAUUGUUGUUGGUUCAGCUCAGAGAUUUGGUGUUCCAAUGGGUUAUGGAGGUCCUCAUGCAGCUUUCUUGGCUACCUCACAAGAGUACAAAAGGCUGAUGCCCGGAAGAAUUAUUGGUCUUAGUGUUGAUUCUUCAGGGAAGCCUGCUCUGCGUAUGGCGAUGCAAACUAGGGAGCAGCAUAUUCGCAGGGAUAAAGCCACCAGCAACAUCUGUACUGCGCAAGCGUUGCUGGCAAACAUGGCUGCUAUGUAUGCUGUCUAUCAUGGACCUGAAGGCCUCAAAGUCAUAGCUCAAAGAGUCCAUGGUCUUGCUGGAGCAUUUUCAGUGGGGCUGAAGAAACUUGGAUUUGAAGUUCAGGGCCUUCCCUUCUUUGACACAGUGAAAGUCAAGUGUAAUGCACAUGAAAUAGCUGAUUCCGCAUUUAAAAGUGAGAUGAACUUGCGAGUCGUAGACGCAAACAAUAUCACUGUUGCCUUUGAUGAAACAACAACCUUGGAGGAUGUUGAUGCUCUUUUUAAAGUGUUUGCUGGUGGCAAGCCUGUUCCGUUCUCUGCCGCAUCUCUGGCACCAGAGGUUCAGAAUGCAAUUCCUUCUGACCUAGCAAGGGAGAGCCCCUUCCUAACGCACCAAAUAUUUAACAUGUACCAUACAGAGCAUGAUAUUCUCAGAUACAUUCAUAAGUUACAGUCGAAAGAUCUCUCUUUGUGCCACAGUAUGAUUCCAUUGGGGUCUUGUACGAUGAAAUUGAAUGCAACCUCUGAAAUGAUGCCAGUGACAUGGCCUAGCUUUGCCAACAUUCACCCCUUUGCUCCUGUUGAACAGGCUCAGGGUUAUCAGGAAAUGUUCGACAACUUGGGUGAUUUAUUGUGUACCAUCACUGGUUUUGACUCAUUCUCGUUGCAACCUAAUGCCGGUGCUUCCGGAGAGUAUGCUGGACUAAUGGUUAUCCGUGCUUAUCACAAGUCAAGAGGAGAUCAUCAUCGCAAUGUGUGCAUUAUCCCUGUUUCAGCACAUGGGACAAAUCCUGCCAGUGCUGCCAUGUGUGGAAUGAAGAUUGUUGCUGUUGGAACUGAUUCCAAAGGAAACAUUAAUAUUGAAGAACUACGAAAGGCUGCUGAAGCGAACAAGGACAACUUAUCAGCACUAAUGGUCACAUAUCCUUCUACUCAUGGAGUCUAUGAAGAAGGCAUUGAUGAAAUAUGUAAGAUCAUUCAUGACAAUGGAGGACAAGUAUAUAUGGAUGGAGCAAACAUGAAUGCACAGGUGGGUUUGACAAGUCCAGGUUUUAUCGGUGCCGAUGUUUGUCAUCUCAAUCUCCACAAAACAUUCUGCAUUCCACAUGGAGGUGGUGGUCCUGGCAUGGGUCCUAUUGGUGUGAAGAAGCACUUGGCACCUUUUCUACCUUCACAUCCUGUGAUAUCUACAGGUGGCAUACCACCCCCGGAGGAGGCUCAACCACUGGGAUCCAUUUCAGCUGCACCAUGGGGCUCUGCACUUAUUUUGCCGAUAUCAUAUACUUAUAUAGCUAUGAUGGGAUCUCAGGGACUGACUGAUGCUUCAAAGAUUGCCAUUUUGAGUGCUAAUUACAUGGCCAAGCGUUUGGAGAACUAUUACCCUGUUCUCUUCCGAGGAGUUAACGGAACAUGUGCCCAUGAAUUCAUUAUAGACUUGAGAGGCUUCAAGAAUACCGCUGGUAUUGAACCUGAGGAUGUUGCUAAACGACUUAUGGAUUACGGAUUUCAUGCACCAACAAUGUCAUGGCCUGUUCCAGGCACACUCAUGAUUGAACCCACCGAAAGUGAAAGCAAGGCUGAAUUAGACAGAUUCUGUGAUGCACUUAUCUCCAUUAGGGAGGAGAUUGCGGAAAUCGAGAAUGGAAAAGCUGAUAUCCACAACAAUGUUCUAAAGGGAGCUCCUCAUCCACCAUCUUUGCUGAUGGAAGAUACAUGGACGAAACCAUAUUCUCGGGAAUAUGCAGCGUUCCCUGCUUCCUGGCUUCGAGGUGCUAAGUUUUGGCCCACCACAGGACGCGUUGACAAUGUGUAUGGUGAUCGCAACCUUGUCUGUACGCUUCUCCCAGCGUCACAUUAUGUGGAAGAAGCGGCUGCGGCUAGUGCUUAAAUUGCUCAUAUCAAUGUUAGUUGAUGCGCAAAUGUUGCUUGGCAAACACGGAAAGUCUGUGAAAGAUGUUCUCUUUUCCUCUGUAUAUACAUUAUCCAUAUUGAUAUUUCUUGCUUGUUGCAGCUGAAAACAUUAGUUUCAGAUUAUAUGGAUAAAAAAGCUGCUUUAGUAACAAUUGUUGCUAAUUGCAACAUAUCUGUUGUAAUUAAUAUUUCUUUCCAUCUUUAAUCCUCUUGCUAGUAGCUCUUAAUUGACUACAGCCCCA